UCAGAGUUUCAGAACCUGCUCUGAACUGGGCAAAUUUAAAUUGUCUUACACGGACAAUUUUUGGAACUUGCACCACCAUGGGGCUGCUUGAAACAUCAAUGUUAUUAUUCCUUCUGACAACAACAUGUAAUACUAACUCUCAGGCACAAGUUCUUCAUGAACCUGCUGCUGAUAUUGUUUUUCUGAUUGAUGGAUCUCAAAAUAUGGGAAUCCAAGGAUUUAGACAGAUACGCACUUUUCUUUUAAAAACUAUCAGCAAGCUGAAUGUAAAAACGGAUGAGUACAGAAUUGGUCUUGUUCAGUACAGUGAUGUCCAACGUGCGGAGUUUGUGUUGAAUAAAUUUCAAUCCAAGAAGGAUGUGCUGAACUACAUAAAGAAAAGAUUUCAGUAUAAGGGUGGAACUUUGGUAAAUACAGGCAUUGCAUUGGAUUUUCUGCUUAAAAACUUCUUCACACAAACUGCCGGAAGUCGAAAUGCUGAAAAUAUUCCUCAAAUUGCAAUAAUAAUUACAUCUGCACCAUCAGAAGAUAAUGUUGAAAACUAUGCCGCAGCCUUGAAAAAAAGCAAUAUUAUAUCUAUUUCCAUUGGAGUAAAGAAGGCAGACAUCACGGAACUACAAAAAAUCGCCUAUCGUGACAGUCUUCCAUUUGUUUACAAAAUCGAUAAGGUUGCUGGUAUUGCAGAUUUAUCUUCAGAUGUACUUGAAACAGUGAAAAACAUACACAAUAUCAUCAAACGCCAAGCAGUAGUACCAGCAUCAGAUUGCUCCAUAGAUAUUGUUGUGGGAUUUGAUCUCGCUGGAUGGUCUGGAUCACAAAACAUAUUUACUGGUCAACAGAAACUAUGGCAAAAGCUACCGGAAAUUAUGCAGAGAAUUGCAUCUCUCAGUAAUAUCAGUUGUAUUCCUGACUCCCAACUGCCAAUAAAUGUAGCAUUUUACUUGCAAAGUACAACUGGCCAGGUUAUCUUUGAAACGAAAUUUGGGAAUUAUACUUCUGCAAAAACUGAUCUCCUCAAAGCAACCCAAAUUGAAGAAAACAUUGAUAUGACCAUUGAAAAUUUGGAGUCAUUUGGAAAGAAACUCAGAGAAGCAAAUUCAAAAGCAAAGGUAAUAAUCAUAUUUACAGAUGGCUUGGAUGGCUCUAAAGAUGCAUUUGCAAAAACAACCAGAAGUCUCAGAGAAAAAGGUAUCAAUGCACUCAUUGCUGUGGCUCUAGAGGGUGCACAAAAUGUUCGUGACUUAUCUUCUAUUGAAUUUGGAAGAGGAUUUGGAUAUAAGAAAGCACUAUCAAUUGAAAUGGCGGAUAUAGCAAAUGCUUUACACACACAAAUAAAUGCAAUUGUGGAAAAGGAAUGCUGCUGUGUCCUCUGCAAAUGCAUAGGAGAACCAGGUGCCAAAGGGCCAAGGGGUAAGAAAGGGGUUCAGGGAAAUCGAGGAGCAAAGGGAUUUCCAGGUUAUUUUGGAGAAGAUGGGGAACCAGGUGAAAGAGGCCCAACAGGUCCAAAUGGAACUCGUGGGAUUGAAGGAUGUCCAGGUACCAGAGGCUCAAAGGGAAUGGCAGGGUAUCCCGGAGAGCAGGGUAUUGACGGAAUUGAUGGCAUUGAUGGAAUAGCAGGAGAGCAGGGCAACGGUGGUGUUGCGGGACCGCCUGGUAAAAAAGGAAUGAGUGGAAAUCCGGGCAGCAAAGGCCAAAAAGGAGACAUUGGUGAAAUUGGUAAAGAAGGCUUACGCGGAGACCAUGGUGAAUCUGGUAAAAACAAUAACAUUCGAGGUCCAAAGGGUGUAAAAGGGGACACUGGAUUUGCGGGUGAUACAGGAGGGGAUGGUGUUCCAGGAAAACGUGGUAGGGCUGGAAAACCUGGUGUCCCUGGUCACAGAGGACCAUCUGGGCAAGAUGGUAACGUUGGAAAACGUGGUAAGAGAGGACGCAUUGGAAGUCAAGGAUUCCAAGGCCCACAGGGGAUACCAGGUCCCUCAGGGCCACAGGGACGAAAAGGAGAGACAGGGCCUCGAGGUCAGCAGGGAGUACGUGGAGUCCAAGGUGAGCAGGGAAUUGAGGGAAUCCAUGGAUUUAAAGGUCAAAAUGGUGAACCUGGAAACCCUGGGGAGAAAGGUGUAAGCGGACCACCUGGACGCCGUGGCUCAAUGGGUCUCGAUGGCGAUGAUGGAUUUGGCUCUCAAGGCUCAAAAGGAAGAAAGGGAGAAAGAGGACCCCAGGGAAACAUUGGCGAAAAGGGAGAAAAAGGAAAAACAGGAGCAAAUGGAGAACAAGGACUCAAAGGAAUGAAAGGGAACCAGGGUCAUGCUGGUGAUCCUGGAGAUCUCGGCGAGCCAGGAGUGGUAGGAAAUCCUGGACGAAAGGGCCUCAAGGGACCAUCAGGUGUAAUGAUGUCGCCAUGUGAUCUUAUAAAGGCAGUACGAGCAACCUGCCCUUGCUGUUCAGAAAGAAGUGGAGCAUGCCCAGUCUACCCCACGGAGCUGGCCUUCGCUCUGGACUCAUCUUCAGAUGUCACUCCUCCUAUGUUUGAAAGAAUGAAGAAAAUUGUGAUUAAUUUGCUGAAUGGCAUCAAUAUUGCUGAAAACAACUGUCCAACAGGUGCCCGUGUGGCUGUCCUUACGUACCAUAACGAAGCAAAACCUUACAUUCUGUUUUCAGAUUUUAGGAAAAAGCAGCUACUUCUGAGAAAAAUUGAAGAACUGGGUCAUGAACGAUCAAGCAAGAAACGGAAUAUGGGCAAAAGUAUGCAGUGUGUGGCCAGAAAUACUUUUAAACGUGUUCGUAAUGGUGUCCUUGUGAAGAAAAUAGCCGUCUUUCUCACUAAUGGAGCAUCGAAAGACACAGAGUCCAUUGCUGUAGCUGCUACACUGUUCAGUGCUGCAAAUAUCAUGCCAGUUAUCAUUUCAUUCAAAAACAUCCCUGAAGUGAAGCAAGCAUUUAAAGUUAAUACUGAAGAUUCAGGGGAAGUGGUUGUACUGCCAAGGCAGCAACAAGAAUCCAAGAAGCUGUUAAGCAGAGUCGCCCAGUGCAUACUUUGCCUUGAUAAAUGUGACCCAAGUGCUUUGUGUCUUGGAGCUGUACAGCCAUCUCCUAUUCCCGUGAAUCUGGAUUUAGCUUUUGUUGUGGAGGAUUCUGAAGGAAUGCCACCCAUGCAUUCAGAAGCUGUGCAACAUUUCUUGAGUUCUAUGGUUAACACAUUUUUAAGCUCCAAAGAACCAAAGGCGUCUGAACUUCAUCCCAGAGUGGCUAUUGUACAAAACUCUCCAAAUUAUACACUCAGAUAUGGGAAAGAUCCACACAAACUGGAAUUUGCCAUUUUGGAUUACAAUACAAAAACGCUAAAGAAGAGGCACAUCCAAGACCCAGUCAGUCCACCAGAGGGCUCCACUGGCAUCAGCAGCAUCAUUGAUUGGAGCCUGAGAAAUUUCUUCUUAAAUUUCACCAAUCAGCAGACUCACAAGGUUAUCUUUACAAUAGUUUCAGGCCAAAGAAACAUGGGUGAUGAAAAGUUACUGGAAGUAGCACAUGAAGCUAAAUGUAAAGGCUUUGCAGUAUUUGCUUUGGUCCUCGGAGAGGUAGCGAACACAACAUUUUUGGAAGAGUUUGUCAGCUUUCCUUCUGAGCAACAUUUAGUUUAUCUGGACAAAGCCUUGGAGACUGAAAUAGAAUAUGCACAAAAGUUUGCAGUGGCUUUUCUGAAAACCUUGGCAACUAGAAUCAACAGCUAUCCCCCUCCAGAUCUAGUGAUGGAAUGCAAAGGAAUAAAAGCUCAGGAGACAGUGAAAGAAGCAAAGGAAGAGCCACCUAUUAAUUUACAGUUGUUGGUUGUUAUGAAUGACUCUGAGAAUCCCCAAAGUUACAGCAACAUUUCUGAUAUGUGUGCAUUGAAGCAAGAGACAGGGCUCUGUCAUAAUUACACCAUCAAGUGGUUCUUUGACAACAAAAGGGGCUGUGAAAGAUUCUGGUAUGGUGGCUGUGGAGGAAAUGCCAACAGAUUUGACACACAGCAGGAAUGUGAAGACUCAUGUCUAAAAAAUUCACUAUUGUAAGAUACAUCAGAAAAUGUUAAGGUGUGACUGAGCAUAGGAUGUGAUGAAACAUUACAUCAGGUUAAUUAAAUUCUUUUGUAUGAGUUGUUAGUGGAGAAGCAUGUUCAGUUGUAAUAGACACUGUUGAACUAGUUUCAGAACUAUAUUGUCUGCUUCCAUCAAUUCUGAACAGGGAAACUCCAUCCUUCUAUAUAUGCGUAUUUGAAAUCAUGUAAAUACUUACAAAGAGCUGUACAAGUAUACGAUAGUAAUGUUGAUGCUUUGACAUUGAGUCAAAAAAUCCUUGUUGCUACAUGGUGCAAACGUUCAGACCAUUCUUUUUCACUUCAUCUGCCCGCUUGGAUUAUAGUCUCAAUUAUCAUUAACUUGAAAACUUCUUUGUCAAAUAUUUCUCUCAGGCAAAGGAUUCAAUUACUUGAAAUGAAAGAUGUAUGCUGAAAAACAGUGUAUGAUUAAUAAUAAUCUCCGAUCUCCCACCUAUUAGAGUUUGAACAAUACAGCAUUUUCCUUGUAAACUGGAGAACAGCUUUCUUGUGUUUUGGGGUGCAACAAAGAAACAAAAUCAUGAACCAUAAUUCCCAAACAAUGAUACGUAGGAGUGGUAGCAGAAGUCCUCAAAAAGAGGUUCAUAGAUCGCAGUACAAAGUUAACCCAUCAUCUAACCCAUUGGCAGCAAAUAAUAUUGCUUGUAACGUUGUCUUCAGUAUAAGCCACUGAUGACUGCAUCAUUGCUUCCUUGUCAUGUUUUCAUAAGUGAAUGAGUCACUACAAGUUGACCUGCACUAUUUAGUGCCAGCCUCCAAUCUUAUGGCAGAGGUGCAACUUGUCUCCUGCUGGAGGUUGGUAUUGAAGGGUGAUCACCAAAACUCGACACCUCGUGGAGGGGGAAAGCUCAAAGGUAUUCUAUUGCUGCACUGGAGGCCAUAGUGCAAGAGGUGGGGAGGAGGAGUGAUGUCUUCUAUUUAUAGGUAAUUGGGAGACCCUCCAAAGACUCACUGAAAAGGCAGGGGGAGGAGACUUUUGAGACCAGAUUCAGGAAUCUUGCCAUGGAAGCAUUGAUACAGUGCUGUAAGAGGUUCACUAACUUGCAUGAGCAGAUGAGCUCAGAGAAUGACCUUCAAAUACUUUAUCUCCACUGAGUUCUCUGGUUCACCUGGAAAAUCAACACAGCUCCUUCACUGCCUACUGACAAUCACAGACACUCAACUACUUCUCUAACCUCUCUUACAUAGCACUUGUAUAAGCUCAUAUCUUCAUUGCACAACUUCUGCACACUAUUAGCGCUUCAACAGUGAUAGGCUCAUAGAAUAAGAUCAUUGUGCAACAAUUGCAGAAGCGUUUUGGUUUCUCCAUAUGGGGUAACUACAGUUAAAUAUUGGGAAACAAAUAUGACUGCAAUGCCCGUGGUCAAAUAAGUGCUUGCAGUCAUAGUUUGGCCUUGCUGAAGUCCAGUUUGCUACAGGCAGGAAAGCCUUGAAGAUGAUAGUUUCUUCAUACCCAAUCAUUCCUGAUGAAUCUCAUUUCCCUCUCAAUUCAGGCUCUUAUUGCACACAAACUAAAGAAUGGGUAAACAUGGACUUGCUAUUCCUGGCCUCUUCUCUCUCCCUCCACCCAGUCCUCAGCAGUCCCCCCCAACACCUCUUGACAAUUCCCCUUGCACUUGUAACCACCCCAAAAUCAGGAACGGCGAUCUGGACAGGGAACAGUACAAGAGUCACUUGCUUAAACAUUUGCAGCCAAUAGCUCAGUUGCUCAGUCUUCAUGAACAGUAGAGGUCAGCUCAGCGAGCUGAUCUGCACAUGGUGAGUCACCAGCUAUCCAGAUGUCCUACGCUGAGGGAAGGAAAGAAUUGGCAAGGACGGAGCCAAGCAAGGAUGAUUUCUGCUGCUGCCAACUCGGAAGAGAACUUUAUAAACAUUCAGGACACGACGGAGGCAUCUGUGGAUAAAAGAACAGAACUAAUCUUACAGAUCAAAGACCCAAACAAAUGGUAUUUGACUUGAAAGCUUAAUUCUAUUUCAUUUUUGUAGAUGCUAACUGACCUACUGAAUGCUUCAAGCAGUUUCUAUUUUUAUUCCAGGUUCCCAGUGUCUAUAGUUUUUGAGUGAUUUUCUGAGGAGUACGGUGUGGGGCAGCCUACAGGACAAGGUGGAUGGCAUUGUCCAUGAAAUCCAUAAUAGGGUCAUCAGUAAGUCUGUGCGCAACGUCAUUGCAGCCUUCCACUGGACAGGUGUUUGCAUAGAGCUUACAGCCCAUAUGUUCAACGACAGAUGCGGUGGCCAACUCUACAAACACCUCUGUGGCCACAGCGGACAUUUUUUUUGGCCUUGGUUGCAACAUAAGCAGAAACCAUUAGAGAUCUGGUUGCCCCAGUGGAACCACAGACAGCUGCCAUUAUUCAUACUUGGACAGUUGCUACACACACUCAGGUUGCCCCAGUGCAUAGACAGAAUGCCACCAUGAAUGUCACACUCUGAAUGUGGUCACACAUGUUCAGAUAAUGCCACGAAUGCUCAGGGUACCAUUCUGCACACUCAGACUGCUACUAUGCACACACGAUCACACUGGCAUCAACAUUCUUCUGUUGUCUCAGAGAAGGCCAACAGCCAACCCUCUGAACGACGGCAAGGAUUGCUGAUGUAAUGAUAAUGGAUCCAUGUUGCACAAGCUUGCAUUUCUCAUUCAAGGUGACAGCAUUCCACUUCCACCACUGCCUUCCUUCCAUUGGCUUCACUAUAACCUGAGGCCAGUCACCAAUAUAAUCGGUGCCUAAGCAGAGAAAGAAGCCAAAACUUCUAGACCCAGGCAUUCCUAAACAACAGGAAUUCUGCAGAUGCUGGAAAUUCAAGCAACACACAUCAAAGUUGCUGGUGAACGCA